CGCCGUGCAGGGACAUCAGGACAGAGCUUUGAGACAUCUCUCACGCAUUAUGUCGCCUUGUUUCAGGUCUUCAUCGUCGCCGCCGUGCUGGCUGUUGCCGCCGCCGCCCCGGCCCCGGAGACGCCGGUGUACAAGCCCGCUCCGGCUCCCUACCACCCGGCCCCGGCGCCGUACAAGCCGGCCCCCUACCACCCGGCCCCGUCUUACAAGCCGGCCCCCUACCACCCGGAGCCCCAGUACAAGGAGGAGCCCAAGCCGUUCGCCUACGACUACGCUGUCAACGACCACUACACCGGCACCAACUUCGCCAAGAAGGAGGAGAGCGAUGGCCACAACACCCAGGGAUAUUACUCGGUGGCUCUGCCCGACGGCCGCAUCCAGCACGUCAAGUACGUCGCCGACCACUACGGUGGCUUCAACGCUGAGGUGACCUACGAGGGUGAGGCCCAGUACCCCGAGUACCACCCCGCCCCUGCCUACAAGCCCGCCCCCUACAAGCCUGCCCCUUACAAGCCUGCCCCUUACAAGCCCGCACCGGCUUACGCUCCCGCCUACAAGCCCAAGUACUAAGCAGUCCCAUGUCUGAGAAGAAUGUUAGUGUUGUGAUAUUUAUCGUGAACGUCUGUACCUGUUGUACGUUGUAAUAAAAGCCAGCGUGCUCACUUGACA